AUGGACCUAAGACAGGAAGAGUCUAAAACAAUUAAAGCGAUUGGUACAGAUACUGUCCACAAAAUUUGUUCUGGCCAGGUGGUGGUAAGUUUAGCAGUGGCAGUAAAAGAACUUGUUGAAAAUUCGCUUGAUGCAAGUGCUACCACCAUUGACAUAAGAUUUAAAAAUUAUGGUAUAGAUUUGAUAGAAGUAUCUGAUAAUGGUACUGGAGUCACAGAAGAUAACUUUGCUGCUUUGGCUUUAAAGUAUCAUACUUCAAAAUUAAGUGAGUACUCUGACUUGCUUGGAGUUUCCAGUUUUGGUUUCAGAGGAGAGGCAUUAAGUUCACUAUGUGCUUUAGCAAAUCUCACUAUUACUACUAGGCACAAAUCAGUGGAAUAUGCUACAAAAAUUGAAUAUGAUCACAAAGGCAAUAUAACUAAAAAGACGCCAUGUUCAAGACAAAUUGGCUCAACUGUUACCUUGACAAACCUAUUUUCUUCAUUGCCUGUAAGACAAAAAGAGUUCCAUAAAAAUGCAAAGAGAGAAUUUAACAAAAUGACCCAAUUGCUGUAUGCAUACUGUCUGAUUUCAACAGAAGUAAAAAUUACUUGUAGCAAUCAAACAGGUUCUAAUUCGAAAUCUAUAGUAGUUGCAACCCAAGGAUCACCAUUGUAUAAAGACAAUAUAGCCAGUGUCUUUGGUAUAAAACAGUUACAAACCUUAUUGGAAAUAAAACCUGAGUAUGUCACAAAUAUAAAAGAAAAUAUUUUUAAAGGGUUGUCAGGGGAUGUUGCACAAACUGGUGAGAAUGAAGAAAUUGAGGAUGUAGAAAUUAAUUUAUCUGAAGACUCCAAUGAUGCAGAAAAGGCAGAUUCUGUUAGUAGUUCACAUAACUCACAAGGUUAUAAAAAUUUUGCUAAACCUGCAGAAUUAACAGGCUUUAUAUCAUCAUGUGCUCACGGUAGUGGGCGCUCUAGUACUGAUAGACAAUUUUAUUUCAUUAAUUCAAGACCUUGUGAACCAACCAAAUUAAUGAAAUUGGUUAAUGAAAUAUACAGGCAGUACAAUCCUAAUCAAUAUCCUUUUGUCUUUUUAAAUGUUGAUUUAGAAAAGACUUCAGUUGACGUAAAUGUUACCCCUGAUAAACGUAAAGUAUUCCUUACCAAAGAAAAAGUUAUAUUAGACAUAUUGAAAAACUCUCUAUUGAAAUUAUUUGAAGAUAUACCCAGGACAUUAAAAGUUGAUAGUUCUUUACAUUCCUGUAACAAAGAACAAAAUAUUGUUAAAUCAAAUAUUGAACAGCCAAGAAUAUUUAAUUCGUUUCUACAACAAUUCAAAAAUAAAAAUAAACAAACCUCUGAAGAAAAAUUAACUGUUAUAGAAGAGCCAAGCAAAAGUGAAUUAAAAAGGAAAUCUACCACAAUGUUAGAUUUUCUUUCAUCUAAGACAAUGAAGAUUACAGGUAACGAGGAGCACACAGAAAUAUCAGAAGAGGUUACUAUUAAUUGUGUAGAAGAUUUAAAUAAUAAAUCCACAGAUCAAUCAACUUUUGCUAGCGAUGAAAAUGAUUGUCAACUUGGAGACUUUAACGAAAAUGUAGAAUUCACCGAAGAUGCAAAAUUAUCCACAAAAAAUGAUCUGGAAAAUGAUAAAAAUAAUAUUUUGUACUUAGAUUAUACAAAUACUUUGCCAACAACUCAAAUAAGAAAUGUGGAUGAUAUUGUAAUUGAUAAACAACACACAAUAUAUUGCAAACCUAAACUAGAUAAAUGUGAGAUAGUAAAGUCGCCAAAGGAGAAAAAGUCUAAGACAGUAACAGACACAGAAGAUUUAGGAAAGGGUCAUAGGAGAUCAGUAACACUAAGAACUUCAUUUGAUCAUAUUAAAGCAUUAACAACUAUAUACAAUACAGAGAAAAAAGAAUAUGUUCCGAAUAGGGUUAAGUUUAAAAGUGAAAUAAAUCCAGUAUUCAAUAAGAAAUGUGAGGAAGAAUUAAGUAGAGAAAUAUCGAAAGACUCGUUUAGGCAAAUGAAAGUUGUCGGGCAAUUUAAUUUAGGUUUCAUUAUAACGCGAUUAGAAGAUGAUCUCUUUAUUAUUGACCAACAUGCUACGGACGAAAUUUACAAUUUUGAAACAUUACAAAAGACUACGGAAUUGACGAGUCAAAAGCUAGUUGUACCUCAGCAACUAGAACUAACUGGAGUCAAUGAACAAAUUUUAAUGGAUAAUCUAGAUGUCUUUAAAAAGAAUGGAUUCACUUUUGAAAUUAACGAGGAAGCUCUACCCACUAAAAGAGUGAAACUGAUUACAAUACCUAUGUCAAAAAAUUGGAUUUUUGGCAAAGAAGAUAUUGACGAAUUGUUGUUUAUUUUAAGAGAAUCGCCUUUGGAAUACUGCAGGCCAAGCAGAGUAAGAGCAAUGUUCGCAUCAAGAGCUUGUCGUAAAUCUGUUAUGAUCGGCACAGCUUUGAGCAAGACUGAUAUGAAGAAGCUUGUUGAUCAUAUGGCUGAACUAGAAAAACCUUGGAAUUGUCCGCACGGCAGACCGACAAUCCGACAUUUGGUCAAUUUGGCUAUGAUUCAUACUAAAUCCCAAUUUGCUACUUAA